AUGUCGUACGCAGACUCUUCAAGCUCACGGCCGAAGCAGCUUCGCCCAGUGAUCCUUGUGAGCGGUGCGAAUGCUGGUGUAGGCUUUGGUAUCUGUCAGAGGCUCAUUGUUCAGCUCUCGUCGCCGACGCCAAGCGAUACAUUGCCAAUCCACCCUCAACGGAAUAAGGACGCAACGCUUCAACCCACUGCUACACCUUUUGCUGCGCCGGACGGGUGCACCAUUGUGCUAGCAUGCCGAAACCCUAUCAAGGCUCACAAGGCCAGGCAGCAACUCAAGCAGCUACUCAAGUGGAUCGAGAACCUUCCCGAACAUGAGGACACCCCCUCAGGACCGCCCGAAAGGUGGGCUUUUGCCAUUGAUAUCACUUCCAAGGACGACAAGCUGACUGAUCCGGAGACUGAAGAUGACAUUCGUGACACACCACACGAGGAUGCCGAUCCGGCCUUGGUCGCCCACGCUCAGGAGAACAAUGUGCGACGUAGAAGAAAUUUGCGCAAAGCACUGGCCAACGAUGAUGAGGCCAAGCAAGUCCUCAGCGCCGACUCCGACUCGGAAGGCGAAGGAGACGAUGCUGGAGAAGGAACGCCCGACUCACCCGAUCUCGACGCAUCGCUCGAGCAGCGAAACAGGCGAGCGAAUGCGCGCUAUCGACGUCGGUUCUGCCAGGGCACCCGCAUUGAGUUUGUUCCCCUCGACCUCGGAAGUAUGGGAAGUGCGCUCGAAUGCGCUCGAACGGUGCGCGAAAGGUACUCGCACGUCACACAUGUGGUGCUCAACGCCGGAUCGUCAUCAUGGACAGGUAUAAACUGGUUCCACGCCGUCUGGAUGAUCUUGACUCAGUUCCGAUAUGCAGUGACGUGGCCAGCAUACAAGAUGCAGCGUGCCGGAGACAAGAGCGACGAUGGCUUCGGAUGGGUCUGGCAGUGCAACGUAGGCGCGCAUUGGAUCCUGGUACGAGCCUUGCUGCCUUCUCUGCGAGCUACACCCUACUCAGUACCUUCGCGCAUUGUGUGGACCAGCUCAGUCGAGGCCUUUUCCAAGUACUACGAUGUCAGCGACUACCAAUGCGUCGAUGUGGGCAAGUCGCCGCUUCCCUACGAAUCCGUUAAGUACCAAUGCGAGCUAGCCGCGUUCGGAUUGGAUGAUGCGCUCCAAACACGUCGAAUGCGCACACAGCCAGGUACACCUACGGAGGAGCGCCCGCCAAUGCUCAGCAUGUCUUCUGUCGAUGGCAGCAUGACGGACUCUAGCAUGCGCCGCACCGCAUCGUCGGCAAGUGGGACAGCCCCACGCGGCUUCCUAGGUCUUCCACCCGCUUCGCGCGCCCUUCCAGGGCAAGCAGAACCACGCAGCUUCUUGGCCCAUCCCGGUGUGGUUGCAUCCACCAUGAUGGCGCAGUUCGUUGCCACGUGGAUGACGGUUUUUGUUGUGGCCACCUUCUACGUUGCUCGAUGGGUAGGCUCACCGCACCACCCGAUCGACCCGUUCAAGGGCGCUGUCUCUGUCAGCUACGCCUGUCUGGCACCUGAGCCGGACCCGAAGAAGCGAUACGGGAGUCGAGCUGACUGCUGGGGCCGAGAGUAUGUGGGUAUCGAGAGCAUCGAGUAUUACCGUUCUCAGCUUGGUGGAGCCGGUCCAGGAGUGGGAGCACGGUUGGCAUUGGCAGGGAUUGACCCUAACACGGCACAAGGAGAUCCAGCGGAGGCGGGUCGUGUGCUUAGCAUGGCGCGUGAAUACAUUGGGUUGUGUGAGAGGAUGACACGGCAGGUGUGGCGCAGUGCACGCAAGGGCAAUCUGCCACCUUGGAGUUCGCUGACGGGCGACGAGUUCGUGAUCCAAGAGCAUGCCGCGCAGCUAUCAACCGAUCAGGACGAGGGACAGCAGAUCCUCGACACGGAAGAUGCGCGGCCGCCUGCGAAAUCGGACAACGACGAGUCUGUGAUCACGCUCAAGACAACGACCGUGCCCAGCAAUGGAAACUCCUCGCACGACGACGCCGAGUGGGAGAAGGUUCAGUAA